UACAAUCGAAAAAUGGUUUUAUAUAUAUAGUCCCCUCACAAAAUAUUUUUAAAAGUAUUGAUACGAAUUACUUAUUAUUCGACAACCCUGUACAGUAACGACAUUUACUUUCAUUACAUUUUCUAUCAUUUCAAAAUCAGUAACACUAAAAACUCUUUUCUAAAUAAUAUUUUAAUUUUUUUUCAUAAAAUGCGUUCAACGUUGGCACGUCUAAGUAGUUUAACACCAAAUUUAAAGGAAGUCCGCAUCAUACUGGAUCCCAAUAGUGUCGCAUCCAAGGGCGCCAGGGAAUAUGUUAAAAAGUUUUACCCAAACCUGAAGAAAAAAAACCCAGACCUGCCGAUACUUGUACGCCAGUGCUCCGGCAUCGAACCCCGUCUAUAUGCGCGCUAUGGCAACGGCAAAGAGGUGUCCUUGCCCCUAGCUAACAAAGCUGCUCCUGACAUACACAAAAACGUCGAGGCGGUUGGUAAGUAGGGCUCCCAAGACUUAAGGCUGGAUGAAAGGCAACAAUACUAGUUACACCGAAAUAUGUAUAUUGUAUAAUGCUCGUAACCCAUGACUCUGUAGCACCUUAGGCUUAAAUAAAGAUCAAUCCUUAAACGGAGGCAGACCGAA